AUGAUCAAUGAGUAAUAAAUUACAUAUUCAGUUGAAGAGAUAUUAUUUAAAAAUGCGAGAACUAUUGUUUAUAGAGCAUCGGAUAAAUAGAAAAACAAUUUUGUAGUAAAGAAGAUUUCUUUAGAUUAUAAAAAUGAAGUAGAUGUGUGGAAAGCAAUUAAAGAUAAAUAAUAUUUUGCUAAAUUAUUAACAUUCUUUACAAGUGAACAUGAAAAUUCAAUUAGUUUAAUAUUUGAAUAUUUACCUAAUACGUUAGCAACUAAAACAGAGAUGAAUCAUCAUGAAUUUAAGAAAUAUAUCUAUUAAUUAUUGAUUGCUAUACAUUCUCUACAUAAAUAGGGAUAUGUACAUUGUAAUGUAAAUCCAUAAAAUUGUUUGAUUAGAGAUAAUGAGUUAAAACUGUAUGAUUUUAGUGUGACAUAAAAAAUUAAUGAAUAAGGUAAAUUCGAAAUUAUUAACUGUUAUACUCCACCUGAAGUUAUUUUAGGAAAUUGGUAUAUUACAGAAUAUUUGGAUAUAUGGUCAAUUGGAUGUGUUAUAUGCGAAGUAUUAUUAGGGACUAGUUUAUUCAAAGGAACUAAACCUAUCGAUAUUCUACUAUCAAUCAUUAAAAUACUUGGUACACCUUCAAAUCAUGAAAUUUAAUAGAUGACUAAUUUUACAAUUAAUAAUAUAAAUCUUCUUUAGGUUAAUAAAGUUCCAUUUGCAGAACUCUUUAAGUGCAAAUUUGAUUAUUAUAUUUUGGAUUUAAUUAGUAGAAUGUUAAUUUAUACACCCAAAGAUAGAAUUAAAAUAGAAGAUGCAAUAAAUCAUCCAUUUUUUUAAUCUGAUCCUAUACCUCAGAUUGUACAUCAUUCUGAUAUAUUGUAUGCAUCUAAUUUACAAGAACAAGAAGAUAAACAUAAAAAAGAAAUAAUUGAUUUUGGAGAAUACGGAACAUUUAAACAAGUAAAUAGUUCCACUUGA